CAAACUCCCACCUGCGGUGAUCCCACCCGCUCCUGUGCAUCGCGCACAGUCUUUGUUUACUCUUACUGGCUCUGCUCUAAUGGCUGAAGUUGAAGCUGCGGCAUCUCCGCCUCCGCCGCAGGAGGAGGAGAUUCUAUCUGAGGGAUCUGGCCCCGUGGACGCGCACCUGGAGACGGAUGGAGAACAUGAGGCGACUGACGUGGAAGCUGCCUCCGAGCCUGAGCAUGCCGAAAGCGUGGCUGAGGAAACCCCCGUAGAGAAUGGUGAUAACGGCGAGACUGCCGAGAAUGGCACCCACGAGGAGAACGACGCUCCUGUCGACGACAUGCCUAAGGAAAACGCCAAGGAGGCCUCGCCGCCGGCGACUCCGUCCAAGAAGAUUACCGCGAAAUCCUCAAUCUCCGUCAAACCUCCUCCGGCUGGGAAAGCGGGCGGCCCCCCCACUCCCUUGGUGAAGAAGAUCAUCAACUCGGGCACGUUUGGGUCUGGCACAGUCAAGCCCGCACCCACGGCGACCAAGGCCACGGCUGCCCCCGCUGCAGCGAAGCCCACUAGCAGUGCUGCGACCACUCUCAAGAAAACCGCCAGCACCAGUGGUACCUCCGCGACCAAGCCCACUCCUGCUGCCUCUGCCGCUGCCAAACACACUACCACCGCCUCGAAAGCCAUGCCGCCGCCGCCCGUCCCGAACCGCCGUCAGUCCCUCGCGCCCAAGGCAUCCGUGCCCGCCGCGAAGGCGCCGACCCCUGCUGCGACUGCUACCAAAGCAGCGCCUCCCGCUCCUGGCCGUUCCAAUACGAUGUCUGUUAGGCCCGCUCCUAGGGCUUCCAUCGCGUCCCCCGAGGCUGGCGCCGCUGCUUCUGCGCUGAAGUCGUCGACGACUGCCAGACCCCGCGCAUCGGUGUCGGAGGGCGUUAAGCGGACCAUGUCUGGAGCCAAGCCCGCCACCUCUGGUGCCUCCACGCCUCGACCGCCGAGCACCGCUUCGGUGAAGGGAAGGACUCCGGGAGCCGCAUCUAUCUCCUCUAUCAAAGAAGUUCGCGAUGACAGCAAAGCUGUUGCUGAGCUCCAGGCGAAGCUGGAUGAUGCCAACAGUACCAUCGGCUCGAAGACGGAGGCCGUCUCGGAGCUUCAAAGCGAGAUCGAGAGCCUGAAGUCUUCGCUCCAAGUUGCUCAGUCGGAUAUUGAGGAGAAGACCGCCGCACUGACUGCCUUGGAGGAGGCGAAGGCGAAGGCUGAAGUAGAGCUUGCUGCUCUCCGAGCAACUUUGGAGGACUUGCAGUCCAAUUCGUCCGAUGACUCGUCGAAGCUCGCUGCCGUUCUUCUCGAGCUCGAGGAGUCCAAGGCUGCUGCCAUCGCUCAAUCCGAACUCGUAGCCAAGCUGAACGCUCAGCUGGAGGCUCUGCAGGAAGAAGUCAAUGCGGCCAAGGCCAACCUUGAGGCUCUGCGUGCUUCCUCCGUCGAAGCCUCCGCGACCGCUUCCGCAGCCGCCGAGGCUGAGCACGCUGCGCUUCUGAAGGCCCAGGCCGACUUAGAAGCUAUCAAGGCCGAGACCGAGGCUUUGAAGGGUGCUCAGAGCGAAACCCUUGCUGCCGCGGAGGCCAAGAUCAAGGAGCUCGAGGAGAAGGCCGCCACAGCCGACUCGCUCACAGCUCAGAUCGCCGAGCUGAAGACGGAAAACGAGGAGAAGGCGAACAAGGUCUCAGAGCUCGAGGUCGAGGUCUUGGAGCUCAAGGAGGAGCAGGAGACUUCUGGCGAGGACCACUCGAAGACUCUCGCUCGUCUCAAGUCACUCGAGGAGGAGCUCGCAGCCUCUGCCGCGGCUGUUCAGAACGCUCUCGAGGACGUACAGGCCAAGGAGGCCGAACACGCGAGGCAGACCGAGGAGACGGCCAAGGCUCACCAGGAGCGCAUCGAGAAGGCUGCUGCGGAGCACGCUGAGCUUCAGAGCCAGCUUGCUGCGCUCCAGGCUGAGUUGGCGCAGGCGAUCGAGGCGAAUGAGAAGGCAAAAGCAGAUACUCAAGCCCUCAUUGAGAAGCACCAAGACGAGCUUGCCGAAGCUGAGAAGCUGCGCCAGGAGGCUGAGACGAAGCUUCAUGAGGAGAUCGCUAGAAUCACUGCCGAUCUUGAGAGCCAAGAGUCUAAAUACAACGCGAAGGUCGAUGCUGUCAAGUCUGAGCACGAUCAGCUUCUACAGGAAGCCUUUGAGAGAGCUAAGAACGAGGCUGGCGAUAUCCACAGUCAGGACCUCCAGAAGCUGCGUGCCGAAUCUCAGGCCGCGAUUGAGCAACUUCGCUCCUCGCACCAGGUCACAAUUGACGAGUUGAAGACAGAGCACCAGGCGGCUCUCGAGAGCCAGGUCAAAGCUCUUGAGAAGCAGCUUUCGUCUCAGGCUCUCGAGCUUAAGGCCACGCAGGAAGACCUUACCAAGGCGAAGGCCAACGCUGCCGCGGUUACACAGGAGCUUGAGAACGUCAAAGCUCAGCUAAAGGAGGCCCGUUCACUGGUCGCAGCCUUGGAUAAGAGCGAUAAGGACGAGGUCAUCGCGCAGCUCAACCGCGACCUCUCAAACCUUCGCGAGGACCACGCCGCCCUGAAUGAGAUGUUCCAGGCGACUAAGGGCUCUCUAGGCGAGAUGGCCGAUAACCACGUGAAGGAGCUGGAGGAGGCGGCCAAGGGCCGCGCAGAAGAGGUCACCAGACUUCGCACUGCCCACCAUGAGGAAGUUUCCGCACUUGCGAGCGAAAAGGCACAGCUUCUCACGAGGCUGCAGGACCUCGAGGGGGAGCUUGCUACCGUCAAGGCUGCUCUUUCCGCAGGAGAACCUGCCACGCCUCAGAAGACAAACGGUAGCGCACACCACCGGUCCGCUAGUAUCUCUCGCGAGGAUCUCCAGCGACUGCACGAGGCACACAACGCGAAGCUUCACGACGUCCAGGCGGAAUACGAUCGCGCCUUGCGUGCCGUGCGGGAGGAGCUCGAGAUUGCGCGUGUGAAGGCGGAUGAAUUGCAGCAGGAGGUGGCGCGUAAGAUGAUGGAGAUCCAGUACCUUGAGCAAGACCAGGAAGAGAACCAGGACCAGAUCACACGGUACGUCAAAGUUUUUGGCUGGAAGAGUUUCGUUGGUGCGAUGUUCACGCUGGCCGUGAUCUAUGGACUUUUUUGACUUAUGAUAUUUUUGCCUAUCUGCUAUUCAUAUUUGCUGUCGUUGCAUAUCCCCUACACUCUCUUUCAUGCGCUACAUCAUACUCUCAUUUAUACCCUGCACAUAUGUAUCGCCAUCCUCACUCGCAUUCACCGAAUCUGCAUCGCAAUCAUUUGUCGCGUCUUCUCUUCUACCUUAUCACCGCUCGGACGACUAUUAAAUACUCAUUUAUCGC